AUGGAGGAGGAGCUGAAGUGCCCCGUGUGCGGCUCCCUCUUUCGGGAGCCGAUCAUCUUGCCCUGUUCCCACAAUGUCUGCCUGCCUUGCGCUCGUACCAUCGCGGUGCAGACCCCGGACGGUGAGCAGCACCUGCCCCAGCCGCUCCUGCACUCUCGGGGCUCGGGUCUGCCCACGGGUGCCGCCCCCGCGCCCCCUCUGGACCAUGAUCCGGCGCCUGGCCAGGCCUGCAGCGGCGGGGGCGCGAGCGCAGCUGGCGGCCUGGGCGGCGGUGCGGGAGGUGGCGGGGACCACGCGGACAAGCUGAGCUUGUACAGUGAGACAGACAGCGGUUAUGGCUCCUACACCCCGAGCCUCAAGUCCCCCAACGGGGUUCGCGUGCUACCCAUGGUGCCCGCGCCGCCCGGCUCCUCGGCCGCCGCGGCCCGAGGUGCCGCCUGCUCCUCGUUGUCUUCGUCCUCCUCAAGCUCCAUCACGUGCCCGCAGUGCCACCGCAGCGCCUCCUUGGACCACCGCGGGCUGCGCGGCUUCCAGCGCAACCGGCUGCUCGAGGCCAUCGUGCAGCGGUACCAGCAGGGCCGCGGGGCGGUGCAGGGGGCGUCCGCAGCCGCGGCGGUGGCCAUCUGCCAGUUAUGUGACCGCACUCCGCCCGAACCGGCUGCCACGCUCUGCGAGCAGUGCGACGUGCUCUACUGCACUGCCUGCCAGCUCAAGUGCCAUCCAUCCCGAGGACCCUUCGCUAAGCAUCGCUUGGUGCAGCCACCACCGCCGCCGGCGCCCACCGAGGCCGCCUCUGCGUCCCCAGGCGCAGCCCAGGGCGGCCCCAGCGGAGGCGGCAGCUGCAAGAGCCCCGGGGGCACCGGGGCCGGAGCUGCUGGGGGUAGCGCGGGCCGCAAGUUCCCUACGUGCCCUGAACACGAAAUGGAGAACUACAGCAUGUACUGCGUGAGUUGCCGAACCCCGGUGUGCUAUCUGUGCCUGGAGGAGGGCCGACACGGCAAGCACGAGGUGAAGCCGCUGGGGGCCAUGUGGAAACAGCACAAGGCCCAGCUGUCUCAGGCCUUAAAUGGAGUUUCCGAUAAGGCAAAAGAAGCAAAGGAAUUUCUGGUUCAGCUGAAGAAUAUUCUGCAGCAGAUCCAGGAAAAUGGACUGGACUAUGAAGCCUGCCUGGUGGCUCAGUGUGACGCGCUGGUCGAUGCUCUAACGCGGCAGAAAGCCAAGCUGCUCACCAAGGUUACUAAAGAGAGGGAGCACAAGUUGAAGAUGGUUUGGGACCAGAUCAAUCACUGCACGUUGAAGCUGCGCCAGUCAACAGGGCUGAUGGAGUACUGCCUGGAGGUGAUCAAGGAGAACGACCCCUCCGGGUUCCUACAGAUCUCGGAUGCCCUGAUCAAGCGUGUCCAGGUGUCUCAGGAGCAGUGGGUCAAAGGCGCCCUGGAGCCCAAAGUGUCUGCGGAGUUUGAGCUGACGUUGGACAGCGAGCCGCUGCUGCAGGCCAUCCACCAGCUGGACUUCAUUCAGAUGAAAUGUAGGGUGCCACCCGUCCCCCUACUGCAGCUGGAGAAGUGCUGCACCCGCAACAACAGUGUCACGCUGGCCUGGAGGAUGCCACCCUUCACCCACAGCCCCGUGGACGGCUACAUCCUGGAGCUGGACGACGGCGACGGGGGGCAGUUCCGGGAAGUGUACGUCGGCAAGGAGACCCUGUGCACCAUCGACGGUCUUCAUUUCAACAGCACCUACAAUGCCAGAGUCAAGGCUUUCAACUCCUCCGGCGUCGGGCCCUAUAGUAAAACCGUCGUCCUGCAGACAUCCGACGUGGCCUGGUUCACAUUUGACCCCAACUCUGGCCACCGGGACAUCAUUUUAUCCAAUGACAACCAGACGGCCACCUGCAGCAGCUAUGACGACCGGGUGGUGCUGGGCACAGCCGCAUUCUCCAAGGGCGUGCACUACUGGGAGCUGCAUGUAGACCGGUACGACAACCACCCAGACCCCGCCUUCGGGGUGGCCAGGGCCAGCGUGGUCAAGGACAUGAUGCUGGGCAAGGACGACAAGGCCUGGGCCAUGUAUGUGGACAACAAUCGCAGCUGGUUCAUGCACUGCAACUCCCAUACCAACAGGACGGAGGGUGGUGUGUGCAAAGGGGCCACUGUCGGCGUGCUGCUGGACCUGAACAAGCACACUCUGACCUUCUUCAUCAACGGGCAGCAGCAGGGCCCCACAGCCUUCAGCCACGUGGAUGGGGUCUUCAUGCCAGCCCUCAGCCUCAACCGCAACGUGCAGGUCACCCUGCACACAGGAUUGGAGGUGCCGACAAACCUGGGGCGGCCAAAGCUGUCAGGCAACUAG